CCAGGCUGGCCUUGGACUCGAGAUCCUUCUGCUUUGCCUCAGCCUCUCAAGUGGUGCUGGAAUUACAAGCAUCUUCCACAUCCACAACACUGAGCCCAGAAUGUUUUCGUUACCUCUCAAAGAAACCUUAUGUCUAUUAGCAGUCAUUCCCCUACCCCUCAUCUUCCAGCAAGCAGGCUAGAGGAAUAGUUGUGAAAUGUGCUGGUUCUUUUACAUUGUCUUUGCACCUUGCACCCUGAGACACAAGGAGUGAGUUGUUCUCCCCCUCUCAGAAGUACCAGCUUCUGGUGUAUCAUGCAGACUCUCUGUUUCAUGACAAGGAAUAUCGGAAUGCUGUGAGCAAGUAUACCAUGGCUUUACAGCAGAAGAAAGCCCUGAGUAAAACUUCAAAAGUGAGACCUUCAACUGGAAAUUCUGCAUCGACUCCACAAAGUCAGUGUCUUCCCUCAGAAAUAGAAGUGAAAUACAAAAUGGCUGAAUGUUAUACAAUGUUAAAACAAGAUAAAGAUGCUAUUGCUAUACUUGAUGGGAUCCCCUCAAGACAGAGAACUCCCAAAAUAAACAUGAUGCUGGCAAACCUGUAUAAGAAGGCUGGUCAGGAGCGCCCAUCAGUUACCAGCUACAAGGAAGUAUUGAGGCAGUGCCCACUAGCCCUGGAUGCCAUUCUAGGUUUGCUGUCCCUUUCUGUGAAAGGUGCCGAGGUGGCAUCGAUGACAAUGAAUGUGAUCCAGACCGUGCCUAACUUGGACUGGCUCUCUGUGUGGAUCAAGGCAUAUGCUUUCGUGCAUACUGGCGACAACUCAAGGGCAAUCAGCACCAUCUGUUCACUAGAGAAAAAGUCCUUAUUGCGAGAUAAUGUGGACUUGCUGGGAAGCUUAGCAGAUCUGUACUUCAGAGCUGGAGACAGUAAGAACUCUGUCCUCAAGUUGGAGCAGGCUCAGAUGCUGGACCCCUACCUGAUAAAAGGGAUGGAUGUGUACGGCUACCUCCUGGCACGCGAAGGGCGGCUGGAGGACGUGGAGAACCUUGGCUGCCGCCUUUUCAAUAUUUCUGAUCAGCAUGCGGAGCCCUGGGUGGUCUCUGGGUGUCACAGCUUCUAUAGCAAACGCUACUCUCGGGCCCUCUACCUGGGAGCCAAGGCCAUUCAGCUGAAUAGUAACAGUGUUCAAGCCUUGCUACUUAAAGGAGCAGCACUUAGGAAUAUGGGCAGAGUCCAGGAAGCAAUCAUCCAUUUCCGGGAGGCCAUAAGACUUGCACCUUGUCGCCUGGAUUGUUACGAAGGUCUCAUCGAGUGUUACUUGACCUCUAACAGUAUCCGAGAAGCGAUGGUAAUGGCGAACAAUGUGUACAAAACUCUAGGUGCCAACGCACAGACUCUCACUCUUCUAGCCACUGUUUGUCUGGAAGACCCCGUCACACAAGAGAAAGCCAAAACUCUCUUAGAUAAAGCCCUGACCCAGAGGCCGGAUUACAUUAAGGCUGUGGUGAAGAAAGCAGAACUACUUAGCAGAGAACAGAAAUAUGAAGAUGGAAUUGCUUUGCUGCGGAAUGCAUUGGCCAACCAGAGUGACUGUGUCCUGCACCGCAUCCUAGGAGAUUUCCUUGUAGCCGUCAAUGAGUAUCAGGAAGCGAUGGACCAGUAUAGCAUAGCACUAAGUUUGGACCCCAAUGACCAGAAGUCCCUGGAGGGGAUGCAGAAGAUGGAGAAGGAGGAGAGUCCCACGGAUGCUGCGCAGGAGGAGGAUGUGGACGACAUGGAGGGGAGUGGGGAAGAAGGGGACCUGGAGGGCAGCGACAGCGAGGCGGCCCAGUGGGCCGACCAGGAGCAGUGGUUCGGCAUGCAGUGAGGUGCGGCCUGUCCCGGCGCCCGAGGAGCCGCGCGGGGCGGACAGUGAGUCACUCGCGUGGCGGGUGCGGGCAGCAGGCGCCCUGCCCCUCUCCAAGCGCGGUCGGGACUUCAUUUGCGCACCGAGUGACCGGCCGCCCUGCGCCUCGCGGGGGCACCGAGGAGACCCCAGCAGCAGCCUCGCCGGGCCGGGCCGGGCCGGGCCGGGGGCCUGUGAUGCGCGCGCGAACUGCCACAUGCCAAAGCUCGAGGACUAGAUGGUGCUUGUGUGUGACCUGGACGGUUGGAAGGAAUGGCCCACCUUCCCAGAGCAAGAGGUCACUCCCGAGGACAGGGUUUCCUGCUCCCAGAGGUCGUCCUGGGCUGUCCCCUAGUGACCAGCCUCCUGCGCUGGCGCCAAUGCCUUAAGCCAGUGAAGUUUCCCCUUCGCCACGCGGCGCCUUUCCUCGGUCUGGGCCAGCCGCGACGCAGGCGUGAGAGCAGUGCGACCAAGGGCGCGGGCACUUAGCUAAUAAAACUGGUCUGUGCAGUCGCGUGCGGGCCUCUUAGAAGCGC